CUUUCCCCCCUCCUCUCAGAUUCCUCCCCCUACUCACUCCCGAUCUCGGCUGGCGAGCUAUCACAUAAGAGGAGGAUUCUCGACCGAGAUCCAGAACUGGAGGUUCGAUCGUUUAAGGAGGAGGGGAAGGAGAAGUGGGUUUGGAGGGGUCCGUUAUGGAGAAGUACGAGAAGCUGGAGAAGGUCGGGGAGGGGACGUACGGGAAGGUGUACAAGGCGAAGGACAAGGCCACGGGGCAGCUCGUCGCCCUCAAGAAGACCCGCCUCCAGAUGGACGAGGAGGGCAUCCCCCCCACUUCCCUCCGCGAGAUCUCCCUCCUCCAGUUGCUCUCCCGCUCCAUCUACAUCGUUCGUUUGCUGAAUGUGGAGCAAGUGAAGAAGAAUAACAAGCCCAUUCUCUAUCUGGUGUUCGAGUAUGUGGAUACUGACCUCAAGAAGUUCAUCGACUCCUAUCGCAGGGGAUCCAACCCCAGGCCGAUCCCCUCCCCUGUCAUUCAGAGCUUUUUGUAUCAGUUAUGUAAAGGAGUUGCACAUUGUCAUGGUCAUGGAGUGCUUCACAGGGAUCUGAAGCCUCAAAAUCUUCUUGUUGACAAAGAGAAGGGCAUCUUGAAAAUAGCCGAUCUUGGGCUGGGAAGAGCCUUCACCAUUCCUCUAAAGAGUUACACACACGAGAUCGUAACGCUUUGGUAUAGAGCUCCUGAGGUCUUGUUGGGAACAACCCACUACUCAACUGGAGUGGAUAUGUGGUCCAUAGGAUGUAUAUUUGCUGAAAUGGUGCGAAGACAACUACUUUUUCCUGGUGACUCGGAGUUGCAGCAAUUACUUCACAUCUUCAGGCUUUUAGGGACUCCAACUGAGGAACAGUGGCCUGGAGUUGGCUUACUGCGGGAUUGGCAUGAGUAUCCACAGUGGAAACCUCAAAACUUGGCACGUGCAGUUCCGGCAUUGGAACCUGAAGGCGUUGACCUUUUAUCGAAGAUGCUUCAAUAUGACCCAUCCAACCGGAUAUCAGCUAAAGCAGCAAUGGAGCAUCCCUAUUUCGAUUCCCUCGACAAGUCACAAUUUUAGUGCCUACUACAAUUCUGACGUUCUAAAGUCAGAGUAGGAGUUCUUCAGUACUUGUGCUGUCAUCACAUCUGUUGUACACUUUUUCGUCGUGGAGCAAUGCAUUGAUCGAUGCCUAUCGUUGUGUAAUGUUUAUUCUGUUAAUUUCUCUCGACAAGGACUGAUAUU